GGAGAGACGCCUCUGCACUUUAUUUGCGAUAAUAGUAAGGACGAUGAUGAGUUGGCAACGUUAUUAUUCGAGCUCAUCGAUGAAAAACAUCAGCCACUGCAGAUCAACGCCCGGGACAAGUGGGGUUGCACACCGUUGCAUUACGUCACCGGCAAAAAACUGGCCGAACUGAUGCUGAGAAGAGGCGCCGAUCCGACUUCAGCCAAUGCCCACGGAGAGACUCCUCUGCACAACAUUAUUGCGAGAACAUACGACGAGGACUUGGCUAAGUUAUACUUCGAGGUCAUCGACGAAAUCGGGAAGACGGUGCAGAUCGAUGCUCAAAAUAAGUUUGGUAGGACACUAUUGCACAUUGCACUGUCCUGUACUGACGACGAGACGACCGAGAUUCUGCUUGAAAGAGGUGCAGAUCCGAAUUUGGCGGAUGCAAAGGGAAUGACACCUCUGCACUUUAUUUGCGAACAUCAUCAGGAUGACGGUGAAUUGGCGGAGACAUUUUUCAAGAUCAAUGAUGAAAAAAAUCAGCUAGUGCGAUUUGACGUCCCGGACGUGUAUGACCGUACACCACUGCAAUUAGCCGUGGCAUAUAUUAAGCCAAAAAUAGUCGAUUUACUCUUGGAUCGUGGCGCUGAUCUGUCUAACUUCUUUUUUCCUACUGAGAGUUACUUCGCCAAGAAUAUACCGCAUCAUAAUUCAAUUGAUCUCACUAAAAGAUUGGGACUGGCGUCUGGAGCUCUGCUCAUCGUCGAAAGUCUUGAGAAAAGUGGAUACGAGCUGGAUGUAAGUGAAGUCUUGACGAUCAUGAAAUUUUUCGCCAAGGAGGGAUUAUUCGUCAAGUCAGUGGAUCCUAACGUAAAUUUGUCCGUAGAAAAUUACUUCGUGCAACACAUGAAAAAGACGAUGAUAAAAGAGCAGAUGUCGGUCUACGAUUUAAUUCAGUUGAGACCCGAAGAGGCGGCGAAACAGCUCACAUACGCGGACUAUUACAAGUUUACGCAAACGUGGAUUGAAAGCUG